CCCUGUUGCUGCCCUUGACUCCCAGGUGCCGGGUGUGUGUGUUGGGUGUCACUGAGGCCCCUACAGGCAUCUUUACUCUUCCAAAAUAUUAAGCCUGUUUUUUCUUCUCAGCAGGGAUUCAGUGACCCACACUCUGGCCAGAUCCAGAGGGAGAAUGCCACUGUCUAAUGCCACCCACUUCUCUUCCCCCACCUUCACCCUACUGGGUGUCCCAGGGCUGGAAUAUCUACACUCCAGGAUCGCCAUCCCUUUCUGUGUUGGCUACCUCAUUGCUCUCUUGGGUAAUUUUGCCAUUCUCUUCAUCGUGAAGGCAGAGCCUGCCCUCCACCAGCCCAUGUUCUCUUUCCUGUCUGUCCUCUCUGCCAUCGAUCUGGGCCUGUCCACAUCCACUCUGCCCAAGUUGCUGGCCAUCUUCUGGUUUGGCCUUGGGGAGAUCAGCUUCAGGGCCUGCCUUGCCCAGAUGUUCUUCAUCCACACCUUCACAGGGAUGGAGUCUGUAGUGCUGUUAGCCAUGGCCUUUGACAGAUACAUGGCCAUCUGUGACCCCCUGAGAUAUACCACUGUCUUGACAAAGGCACGGGUUGCCUGGAUGUGUGCUGGUGUAGUGCUGAGACCUUCUGUACUUGUGCUUCCCAUGGCUUUGAUGACUCUCCGCCUGCCCUUUUGCAGUGGCCACAUUAUCAUUGCCCACACGUACUGGGCACAGUUGGCCUGUGCUGACAUCCGGAUCAAUGCCAUCUAUGGCUUGUUUACCAUUGCCUUCCUCAUGCUGGAUUUGGUCCUCAUUGUCUUGUCUUAUGUGCUAAUCUUGCAAGCCAUCUUCAGACUCCCCUCCAGGGAAGCCCGGCUCAAAUCCCUGGGUACUUGCAUCUCCCAUGUUGCCACGAUUUUUGUCUUCUAUGCUCCUGCGUUCUUCUCCUUCCUCACCCACCGCUUUGGACACAACAUCCAUUACACCCACAUCAUCAUCGCCAACCUCUACAUCAUCCUGCCCCCAGUGCUGAACCCUGUCAUUUAUGGCCUAAGGACCAGGGAGCUCCGCAGGAGGUUCUGCCAGUUGUUGUGCCUCCAAAAGGCAGUUUUGCCCAAUGUAUACUGA